AUGUACAAACUGCGCGCCCUCUGUUCUCAGUCCUUUAGACUGCCCGCUCCAACUCUGACGGAGAAGAACCUCCCCGACCAAACGGGCAAAGUCUACCUCAUUACAGGGAGCAAUACCGGGGUUGGAUAUCAAGUCGCCAGCAUCCUCUACUCACACAAUGCCAAAGUCUACAUUGCCGCGCGCACAGAAUCCAAGGCUCUAGCCGCCAUCGACUCGAUCAAACAAGAACACCCCAAGUCUCAAGGCAAACUCGAAUAUCUGUUCCUAAACCUGUCCGACUUGAGCACUAUCAAAGCUAGCGCCGAGGACUUUCUGUCUCGUGAGGACAAGCUGCACUGGCUGGAUAACAAUGCCGGCGUCAUGGUCCCUCCGGUGGGCUCCAAGGGCGCCCAAGGCAUGGAUCUGACGUACCAAACAAACAUCCUUGGCCCGUUCCUCUUCACAAAACUCCUACUCCCCAUCCUGAGGCGCACAGCAGAGGACGAACCCAAGGGCACCGUGAGGGUUAGCUGGGCGGGCAGUCUUGCCGUGGUUCUGCAGAGUCCGACAAAUGGGAUGCUGUGGAAGAAAGGUGCCAACGGCGAAGAGACACUGGAUGAUACGCACCCCAACAUGUAUACGUAUGGAGUGAGCAAGGCCGCCAAUUAUUUCUUCGGCACCGAGUUUGGCAAACGGUACGGUGCGCGGGAUGGAGUUUUGCACAACUCAUACAACCCGGGCAACCUGGCCUCGGACCUCCAACGCCACGCCAACAACCAAUGGCCCAAACUCGCCGUCUGGAUCCUGCACAAACUGCUCCUCUACCCAAGCAUCUUUGGCGCCUACACCGAGAUCUACGCCGGUCUGUCCCCCGAUCUGACCCUGGAGACGGACCAAGGCGGGUACAUCAUCCCCUGGGGCCGCAGGGGGUCUGUCCGCCCGGACUUGAUCGCCCAGGCGCAGAGGGACGACGGCGAGGCACAGAAGCUGUUUGACUGGUGUGACCACGUCACCAAGGCGUUUUCAUAA